UGAAAGUUUAAAAUUUGCAGGGAGAUGCGAGGGCGAACUGCAUAAGAUAUAAGAUAUAGACAAAACAUAGAUACUUCAGUAGAGAAAGCGGCCCACCCGGUUUAGUUUCCGACUACCAAAUAUGGUCGUUGCCGACUCCGGCGCCACAAUCCAAUCCCUCGGUUCUCUCUUCAAAGUCACUCAAGUCUUUCUCUGGGAUGACGGCUUCCAGCUUCAACCAUCCACUCAACUAUGCUCCGAUUUGUCUGAAGCUGAUCACAACUAUCACGACUCAAAUCCCGUUCCUGAUUGGAGUGAGCUUGUUAUCAUACCCGAGGAUUUGGAACUUACCAAACAAAUGAAUGAAUUGGGUCUCCCUCUCACCUUUCACACAUCAAACAACAAGAAAUGUGGACCAGUAAAAGGCAAAAGGAAGGGUGCACGUUCCAAGCAGCCACGUACUUGCAACAGUCCUGUUGAUGAAACUCUAAAUGAAGUGAGUGCAGAGGAGAUUAUUUCUCCUGCUAAAUUUCAUGAUAAAACUAACAGUCCUUUAUCUUGUAUAUCAAUGCUGGGCCAAAGUGAACCAUCCCACUGUGAUGGUACAGCGGAAGUUGACAUGGCCCAAUGUGUCUCUGGUGAAGAGGAUGAUUCAACAUGCUGUACUGGGUUUGCUAAUGGUGUCUCCGAAGAGAAAAAUAAUAGUAUAAAUAAUGAAGAAAAUACUGAUGCCCAGAAUAAUGACUUUGAUCUGAAAAUUGCAUCUACCUCAGAUACUGGAGUCUCUGCUGGAAACCAUUUGAGAGGUGCUGGUGACGAUGUUUGUGGGAUAGAAUUUGGUGAAAUUGACAAAAAAUGUUUCGAACUUUCACCAAUUGUUUGCAAAGAUACAGAUUAUGAUACUUUUUGCAAUGAUGAUGGUGCUGCUACAUGGCAGCCACCAGCUAAUGAAUCAGAGACGCUUCCCAUGAGUUUGGAAGGGAUCGGAUGUGACAGCAUUGAUCAGUCAAAUGAAUGUGGUGAAUUUGGAGAUUGGAUGGUGUUCUGGGAUACUUUCUAUAUGAGAAGAUACUUCUACAAUGUCAAAACACACACUUCUACAUGGGACCCACCCCAAGGGAUGGAGCAUCUAGCAUUUGGUGGAUGUACUGAAUUAGACAAUAGUGAAGUUUUAAAGUCAGCAGAGGAAUGCGAAACACAAAGCAGCAUGAAACCACCUCAAGAAACCUUGGUGGAAGAGAGCUUAUCAGGAAAGCAACACAAAGAGUAUUCAGCUGAGAUUGGAGAUGCUGUUGAAAAUUUGGUCCCUGAUAUUCCAACAAAUAGGGAAGACCAAUCUCUUCAACAUUCAGAUGAGAAUCUUGAGAGAAGUAGUUCUAACAAUGAAGUUUCAUGCUGCUCAGUAUUGAAUACUCUGGAUCAUGUCGUUAGCUCAAACGAUAGAUGCAUUCAAGCAACAACAUCAGAGGUCAAUCAUACACCAAUGGAAAGCAUGGUAAUUGAUGUGCCUGGAUUGGAUAGUAAAUUUGAUCCUAUCAUAUCAAAACAGAGAAAGAAAGUAAAAAGAAAACAGAGGCGGAAGAAAUUCUAUUAUGAAAUUGAAGAUCUCCAAUUUGAUAAUAUGCCUGAAGCUUAUUCUGCUACAAUUGGCAAAUAUUGGUGUCAGAGGUAUAUUUUAUUCUCUAGAUUUGAUGAUGGUGUACAAAUGGAUGAGGAAGGAUGGUUUUCGGUCACUCCGGAGGUUAUUGCUCAGUAUCAAGCAUCACGUUGUGCAAGUGGCACAAUAAUUGACUGUUUCACCGGUGUUGGUGGGAAUGCUAUCCAUUUUGCACAACAGUGCAGACAUGUGAUUGCAAUUGAUAUUGAUCCAUUGAAGAUUGAUUAUGCUAGACAUAAUGCUGCUAUUUAUGGGGUGGAUGAUAAAAUUGACUUCAUUAUGGGUGACUUCUUCCACUUGGCACCAAAGUUAAAGGCUGACACUGUUUUCCUAUCACCACCUUGGGGUGGACCUGAUUAUGCAAAGGUUGCGACUUAUGAUAUGAAGACAAUGCUUAGACCGCAUGAUGGACAUACUCUAUUCAAUGUUGCUAAGGAGAUUGCUUCUAAAGUUGUCAUGUUCCUUCCACGAAAUAUCGAUUUCAACCAAUUGGCAGAGAUAUCUCUAUCUGCCUGUCCACCAUGGUCACUAGAGCAAACAUACAGACCAGUGGCUUUAGUAUCAUUUUGUUACAUCAAUGCUUCAGAAACUGCUAUGUAACUAGGUGAGUUCGUUUUAGCUUCAACUUCUAAGGUCUACUAAGAAUUUUAUUAGUAUAAAAUUUAUAAACUCUAAACUAAUUACUAUAUCAAACCUUAAAGGAGUUACCAAUAGAAUAUGUGACAUAGAUGUAAAAUAGGAGGAACACUCAUGUAUACAUAGGGAAGGAAAAAAAAGCAUACCACACUAUGGUUCUCAGUGCUACAUUACCUUGGUGAAUUUAUGUGAAGUAUAUUGACAGAUGAGGAACUUAUUAUAUGUUUUAUAUGGCAGUAUAACAUAAUUAUUUUGGUUGGUAUGGACUGUAUGGUAGCUUUUUCCCUAGUA